UGUGGUUCAUUUCAUGAAUAUCUUCAUUAAUUUUUUUAUUGUUAUACUUUUAUAGUAAUAUAUUAUUGUUAGUGACGUCUUCGAUUUAGGAAAAACUCCAAUACAAUAAAAUUAUUAUCAUUGUGUGUGGUGAUAUUUAGUUUUACAAUUUUUACAAAAUGCAAUAAACUUCUAGCUUGGAAGUGGAUGGAGUUAAUAAUAUAAUAACGUUAUUUUUGGAAUUGAAUACAUCAAAACUUUAACAGUGAUAUGGAGGUUAAUACAAGAAAAUUACGUGAUGAAAUGCUUGAUUAUUUAAGUAAGAGCAAAGAAGCUCAUUUCAAGAGUCAACAAAGAGGUGAACCAGAACUUGAAGAUGGUGAAAAAAGAUCAAUUGCAGAAGGAAUUUUAAAUCGGAGUAAAGCUAUUUUUCUAUCAAGAUUUGGUGAACAUAUUCUAAAAAAACAUCUGCCUUAUUUCGAUGAAUGUUCGGACGAAGAACGUUAUGAGGUGGAUUUUUACCUGCAAAAACUUUGUGGUCAAAAAUCACUCAACAAGGUGAAGGUGAAGAACAGAAGAUUUGAAGCCUUGAAACAGCUAGUCAAUAAAGGAUCAUACUUUUCUGAAUAUGAAAUGAAAAAGAGAAAUCCUCUGCUGUAUGAUCAUCUUGUCGGCCAGUUCUUAACUGAAGACGAAGAAAGAGAGAGAACUGGAAUUGAUACAACAAACAUAACAUUUGUAAACCUGCUAUUGGAGCAGUAUGACAGAGAACAAAUGAGAAAGCUGAAGACAACAGAAGAAGAUGAAGACAAUCAAAGAGAGGAAUCGGAAGAAGAAGAAGAAGAAGAAGGAGACUCUGACGCUGAGAGUCAAGAUGAAGACAUGGACUCAAACCAGUUCAAUGAUUAUGAUCAGGAUUUGAAAAUUGAUAAGACGUCGCUAUGGGGUGAGGUCAUGCAAUUGGAAGUGGAUGAUAAUUCCGAUUAUGACGAUAUGGAGACAACCGAAAUGGAUGAAGAAGAAAAAUAUUUCAACUCUGAAAGUCCUGAAGAGAUGAUGAUCCCUGUAAACGGUAUAGCCGACACCAAUGACAACUGUGAUGAAAUAGAUCAAUGUAUAGCUAACUUUGUUAAUGAACAGGAAGAUAACGACUUGGUGAAAAAAAUGGAUGGUUUAAAUCAAGUUUGAAUAUUCGUGAGUCAACCACACUUUGAAUAGAAUUUUUAUUCAAUCUUGAAUGCAUUAUUAUUCUUACAUCUUGUCUUCUCUAGUUACUUGUUUUGAGACAAAAACUGUUCCAGAGUUUUCAUUUUUUUAACUUUGAUCUUAUUAAAUUUGUUAUUUAUUUUAACUGAAUUAAGUAUUGUUGUUCAAUGAGACUUCAUUGCAAAAUUCAUCUUUCUCACCACGCAAGUCAAGCAGAGCAAGUGGUAAA